CUGAAAAUUCAGCAAAGAAGAAACAACUGACAGACAAAAUGGCUGUGGGACAAAGCUAGCUUGUUGCUUGGCUAGUGUAAACAUCCACCAUCUGUAGGCUGGAGUUGGAGCGACGACAAGUCUUGCUAACUUUGGGGAAGGAUGACGAGCCAGCGGCGUGGGAUCCAUCUUGACCAAUCAGAGCUGCUCUGCAAGAAAGGAUGUGGUUUUUAUGGCAACACUGGCUGGCAGGGCCUGUGUUCAAAGUGCUGGCGAGAGGAAAAUCAGAGAGAAAAGCAGAAACAGAUCCAGGAAGACUGGGCACUUGCUGAAAGGCUUCAGAGGGAGGAAGAGGAAGCUUAUGCUAAACAUCAGAAGCCACAAUCACAGUCCAGCAUCACACCCUUCAGCAAGUUUGAGGAAAGAAAAACUAAGGAGAAAUCAAGCAAAGUCCAUACUGUCACAAAGUUUUUUACUCCUUCCACAAAAACACCUCCUAAAAAAGACUCUCCAUUCGACGCACAGUCCAGCCCGAGCCCUAGUUCCUCUGCAGGCCGGCAUUCCUCUCUGGACAGUGACCAUGCAACACGAGAGUUCAUUGAUUUUCUAAAGCCUCUGAAGUCUGGCAGGGAAAUCUUCAAACAGUGCCGGGCCUUCACUGAGAGCAUGGUCUAUAAGCGGGACAUGGGUGCUGAUGAGCUGUCAGAGUGUGUGCAGGACUUCUACCAGAACCUUUCUGACCGCCUCCAGACCCAGUUCAAAGGUUCGUCAGACCACGUUGAUAGCGUUAUGGAUGAAGUAGAGAAGUACAUGAUGACUCGCCUCUACAAGGAAGUCUUCUGUCCUGAGACCACGGACGAUGAGAAGAAAGACCUGGCCAUUCAGAAGAGAAUCAGGGCUUUGCAUUGGGUCACCAUCGAGAUGCUGUGUGUUCCUGUAGACGAGGAGAUCCCUGUGGUGUCUGACAGUGUUGUCAAAGCCAUCACAGAUGUGAUCGAAAUGGAUUCCAAGCGUGUGCCCAAGGAAAAGCUGGCGUGCAUCACUCGUUGCAGCAAGCACAUCUUCAACGCCAUCAAAGUCAGCAAGAAAGAGGCCGCAUCUGCUGAUGACUUCCUCCCCACGCUCAUCUACAUCGUGCUGAAAGCAAAUCCCCCACGACUGCAGUCCAACAUCCAGUACAUCACCCGUUUCUGCAUCCCCAGCAGACUGAUGACUGGAGAGGAUGGUUACUACUUCACCAACCUGUGCUGUGCGGUGGCCUUCAUUGAGAAACUGGACGGCCAGUCUUUGAACUUAAGCUCUGAGGAGUUCGAUCUCUACAUGUCAGGCCAGGCGUCCCCGAGCGGGCCACAGGCCUCUGGAGUGUCCUCCUGCUCCCCCGGCAGCGCAGCUCUCAGUCAGGUCCACCAACGGCUUGACCUGCUGACAGGGCUCGGGGAACGGCAGGAGCGGGUCAUGGAGAAGGCUCGCCAGCUGGAGAGCGAUCUCAUCGACUGGACUGACGAAGUGGAGCAGAAGGUUCAGAGCGCUCUAGAUAGUUUUCCUGCAGAGACAAAUAACCCGACUGAAACCACAGCUGAGGAGACACCAUCUGCAGCAUCAUCAGCAAUCGACGCAGAUAACAUUGAAAAUGAGCUCCUGCCUCCGCCACUUCAACCACAAGUGUUUGCUGGUUGAUGUGAAGAGCUCUGCUCUUAAAGGCUUUACUCCACCCUCCUCCUUUUCCCUUUGCUGUCCGUAUGCACAUACAGCAGGUAUCUAAUAUGGAUCCCAUUUCCACUCCAGCAAUCUCUAUCUCAUUUAGACCUUGUCCUGAAGCCCUGAAAAGAUAUAGAACAUUGAAGGAAUGCUUUCAGAUUGUGGGAACCACAAUCAUUAUCUUUUUAACUGAGAGUUGGGUAAGAAGAUGAAGAACCCCUCUUAUGUUUGUACCGUAAAUAUGAAGGUACAGCUGGAUAGCUUUGCUUAGCCAAUAUGAAACCCUUGUAAUAGGAGGAAACAGCUAGCUAAGUCUUUCCAUAUGUAAACAAUCCACCUGCCUGGACUUCUAAAGCUUAGUCACAAACACUUUCAACAUAUUUUAGUAGUUUUUACGAAACUUAAGUUUAAAAGACAAGUUACUCCAUGCUUUGUAAUCUUCUAAGGUGCUAGCAAAAGUGCUGGCUGUUUCUUCCUACUACAGUCCUUGUGCUAAGCUAAUUGUCUCCUGGCUUAAGCUUCCACAAAUAUUGAGAGGUAUUGAUCUUCUUAUCGAGCUUGCGGUAAGAAAAACGAAUAAUUAUUUCCUAAAAUGUCCCAGAGGUCAACUGCACUCCUGACAUUUUGAUGUAGUUGCAAAGUCAAGGAUCUGAGUUAGCAUCUUUGAUGGAGCCCUGCCUCUCUUCCUCUGUUACAGUUUUAGUUUUAGGAAAAGAAGACUGGAGUUGGCCUGCUUUAUGCAGCCAAGUUAAUUUGUGUUCCCAGGCUAUUUGGGAAACAUAAUCCCCCCACCCCCAUGCCCUUAUCGUGCUCCGCGUCCAGGAGGCAUCCUGACAUGAUGCCCAGACCACCUGAACUGGCUCCUUUAAAUACAAAGGAUGGGACUGAUUCCACAUCAAGCUCUCUUAACCAAUCAUCAUCAGUACCUCAGUACUUCGUUUUUGUCGUUGUUGUUACAUUUGUGCAGCUGAGAUGAACUGUUUGACAGAUUUUUUUAACUCCAUCUGUCUGUUUUUAUUUUCAAACUGCCAGACAAUGGUUGUGUUACUCCGUUAUGUUGUCUCUGGGUGCAAAUUGAGAGGUGGAGGUCCAAAAGGAUCCACAGAAUCUUACUGCACAAGUGACAUGAAAUAUCAUAUGUGUUUUUUGUUUUAACAAAGGAAACUGAGAAAUCUGACUAUUUUAAAACUGAACUUACCCUCACUUAAAUAACCCUUCCGUUAUGCUCGCUAUUUGUGCUGUAUUUACUGUGUGUUCCCCCGUCCUGUAGAGAAAUAUCCAGGAAGAAAGAGAUGUGAGUGUGUGUGGGCGUGUGGCGGUUGUGCAUGUCAGUAAGUGAGUAUGACUGAGAGUGCAAGUUGCAUGGACAUGUUCCGCUAAAGUCAAUGAGUCAUGAAGUCCUCCAGUUCCGUGUCAGGAUAUUGUAGUCUUGUUUUCAUGCCAGACCUCUCAAUCCAGUCUUAAGCUGGGUGUACAGAAGUGAUUUUAUUUUUCUAUAGAGUGGCAGGUAUCAAAUCUUUUGGAUGCAAUAGUAAACAUUAAUCCUGUAAUAUUUACAGUAGUAAAGAACAUUGCUUGAGGACAUUGUUACAUGAAAUCUAAUAAUAAUAUAGUCAAUUCUGUCUAUUUGUUUGUCUCCAGAGGUUAUCAUAAGAAAAGCAUGUCCCAUAAAAAAAAUCUUUAGGCAAGUUUUGUUUGCUUUAUCGAAGAGGUGUAUAAGAAAACAGAUGAUGCUUUUUUCCUCCUCAGACACGAGGCUUAAAAAAUCACUCCAACGGCUGGUUGAUGUUCGAGUGCAGAAAACAUUACAUGACUAAUUACAUUUAUGUUGAAGCACUUUUCUUCUCUUUGAUUUUGAUGCUCUUAAUUCAGAAGUACGUUAAAUGAAGGAAGUACUGACUCUUUCGAGGUAAAAGGUUAAUUGGUGAACACAGUGGUUCAGGCGGUUGCCACACUGACAUAUUUCUGUGGCAGCAGCUCAGUGAAAGAAAUGUUGGGGAGAAUUGUGUCUUUUUUUUUCUUUGCUCAUGAGCUAAAAUUUCUUUCUGUCGCUAGAUUUGAUUCAUUAUUCAAAUUGUAAUCUGGAACAGUGUAGUCAGUGUGCAUUUGCUGUCCAAUUUUAGUUUGAGAAGACUUUUAAUGCAAUAGCUUGAAUAACUAUAAUGCACUGUAUGCAGAAACUAUUUCUCUGGUAUUUUAAAGAAGUUGAAAACAUCAUCUUUCUAACCUUAUAGGUUUGUUAAUGUAUCAUUUGGAAGAACUCAAUACUGUCUUUUAUUUAAAUGUAACUUAUUGGGGCAGUAUUGGUUUAUUUGCAUCUAUGGGUGUGUGAUGAUUAAUAAAAAUUGAAAAUGCA